AUGUCUUCUGCUGCCAGCCCGGUCGCUGGCGGUGGUUCUGCUACCACCAAGCAGUCAGGCACUGCUAUUGUUGUAAACGACGAGCUUGUCUCAUACCCUGCCCGUCCUGUCUCUCAGUCCAAUUAUGAGUUGAAGGAAUAUGCCUCUCCCGCUUACACCACGCCCGUUGAUCAGGGUGUUGGUGUUGAGCAUGUCGACAACAACAACGAUGACAGUUGCUCUGACGUUGACUCGCUUUUUGGCGACAUCAGCAAUAUGAAUGAGUAUUUUGAGAACGCUCUUGAGAACGAGAGCAACGGCAAUGGCAACUCACUGCCCGAGGACAGCGACCACACGACUUCUGGCUCUGAACAGCCUAUCCCGGUGACGCACGACUUUUUGACUUCCCCAACGACCAUCGACGAAUCCACCAAUGCAGUUACAGAUCCCCAUGAGGAAUUCCAUGACAAUGACAGAGUUAGCAACUCCGCCAUCACUGUCAACCAGGCCACCAUUGGCAACGGUGACCACCACAGCGGCACAAUUCCCACAAACAGCUUCAACAACAAUAUUCUGUUUGGCCCGGAGCUACAAAAGGCACUAUUCAACAAACGGCGAGGCUUCGGCUGA